AAUCGAAAUCGAAAUCGAGAUCGAAAGAUAAACAAAAAGAGUCGUCCCUCCGAAAACCCUCGCCCUAAUUCCAAUCCCACGAGAGAGGAAGAUAGAUCGAAGGAAAAAUAAGGUGAUCUUUUACGUCAAAUUUAUCCUUCUGCUCCUCCUCUUUCGCCUUCCUCAUCUACCUGGCCGUCAAAGUGACGGCUAAGUCUCCCCCAGCUUGCCUUCAGCUUCACUCCACGGGCCCACCCCUCACCCAAAUAGAAGGCUCCACCUCCCACUCAAAACCCUAACCACAUCUCCCCAAUCUCCUCUUGAAUCCAUGUCCUUCCGGAACCAGAACCGGCCCCCUCCCACCCCGGUCCUCAACCCCAUUCGAAGCCCCUCAAAUAAGAAGGAGAAUUUAGAUGAGGCGCCUGUGGACAAGCGAAGGAAGAUAGGAAUAGGGAAGAUGGUGUGCCCGGCGACCAAUCCCCGUGCGCGGCAGAUGCUGUCGACUGUCAAUGCUGGUCCGAAUCCUGGUGGGCAUGGCGAUCAUGGGACCGGCGCCGCUCCGACCUCUGAUGGUGGGAGCAGUGGUGGUGGGGUCGAGUUCGCAUCAAGAGAGGAUGUGGAGAGGGUUUUGGGUGAGAAGAUGAAGGGGAAGAACAAGAAUGAUUACAAGGGAAAGAGCGAGCAGAUGAUAGAGUACAUAAAGAAACUCAGGACUUGUAUCAGAUGGUUCAUGGAGCUUGAAGACGGGUAUUUGGCCGAGCAGGAGAAGCUCAGAAGUAUGUUGGAUUCUGAAGAGAGAAGGCACGUGGAGAUUGAGGUCCAGAUGAGGGCCAAGUUUGAAGAAUUGAAUACAAUCAUCCAGGAACUUCAAAGGCAGCAUGCAUCUCUGCAGGAAACCUUCAGAAAGGAGGAAGCUGACAAAUUGGCUUCCAUUAAAUCUUAUGAGGAAGAAAGAGAGGCAAGGAUUGCAGCUGAAAAUUUGCGGGCAACAUUGUCUGAAGAGCUUGAAAAGGUCAAUCAAGAGGCAAGAUGUCUCAGUGAUCAGCUGAAAAUGAUCCAAGAAACCAGCAAGAGAUUGCAGGAGUACAAUAUUAGCUUGCAGCAGUACAGUAGCAGUCUUCGGGCUGAAGCUGCAAAGGAUGGUGAGACUAUCUCAAAGUUGCAGAAGGAGAAGAAUGCGAUGAUGGAAACCUUGACUGGUUUAAGGGAUCACGUCAACUCUCUUAAGAUUCAAUUGGAUUCUUCUAGGUCAUCUCAGCAAGAAUCUAUUAAACAGAAAGAAGAGUUAAAGAAGGAAGUAGGUUGCCUUAGAACUGAAUUGCAGCAAGUAAGAGAUGAACGUGAUCAUACAUCAGUGCAAGUUCAGAGUUUAAGUGUUGAACUUGCAAACUAUAAAGAAAUAACUGGGAAAUCCUCAAAGGAUUUGGAUAGCAUAAGGAUAAAAUAUUCUGCCCUUGAGGUUUGUUUCAUAUUUUCUUAUUUAUUUUUUAAAUUAUGUAAUUGCUUGUAUAGCUAUUUAUUUUCUAAAUUAUAUAUGCAGGACACAUGCUCUUCACAAAGGGAGCAGAUAUACAUGUUGCAACAUCAGCUUGCUGCAGCAAAUGAAAAGUUGAAGAGGGCUGAUUUAACAGCCAUUGAGACAAUGACGGAAUAUGAAGAGCAAAAGAAAACUGUAAAAGAUUUGCAAGAACACCUUGCAGAUGCAGAGUUUCAAAUAUUGGAAUCUGAGAAAUUGCGUAAAAAGCUGCAUAACACCAUACUGGAGCUGAAAGGAAAUAUCCGAGUGUUUUGUAGAGUACGCCCUAUUCUACCUGAUAGUGAUUGUAGUGGCACAGAGGGGCCAGUUGUUUCUUAUCCAGCAUCCGUUGAAUCUCUUGGGCGGGGCAUUGACUUGAUGCAUCAUGCUCAAAAGUAUUCCUUUACUUUUGAUAAGGUAUUCAAUCAUGAAGCUUCACAGGAAGAUGUAUUCGUAGAAAUAUCGCAGCUGGUACAGAGUGCACUUGAUGGCUAUAAGGUAUGCAUAUUUGCUUAUGGGCAAACAGGUUCUGGUAAAACUUUUACCAUGAUGGGCAAGCCAGAACCUUCUGAGCAGAAAGGGCUUAUACCCCGAUCUCUAGAGCAAAUAUUCCAGACCAGUCAAUCUCUACAAUGUCAGGGAUGGAAAUACAAAAUGCAGGCUUCAAUGCUAGAAAUUUAUAAUGAAACUAUUCGUGAUUUGUUAUCACCAAGUCGCCCUGGCAGCUUGGAUGCAAAUACUGCUCUUAGCAAACAAUAUGCAAUCAAACAUGAUUCAAAUGGCAACACGCAUGUUUCUGACCUUACUAUUGUAGAUGUUUGCAGUAUUAAGGAGGUCUCCUUUCUUCUACAGCAAGCUGCACAGAGUAGGUCUGUGGGUAGGACACAAAUGAAUGAACAAUCCUCAAGAAGUCAUUUUGUGUUCACAUUACGGAUAUCUGGAGUUAAUGAGAGCACAGAACAACAGGUUCAAGGAGUGUUGAAUUUAAUUGAUCUGGCAGGAAGUGAGCGUCUUGCUAAAAGUGGUUCCACUGGAGACCGCCUCAAAGAAACACAGGCAAUUAAUAAAAGUUUAUCAGCCUUGAGUGAUGUAAUAUUUUCUAUUGCAAAGAAAGAGGAUCAUGUGCCUUUCAGGAACUCCAAACUGACAUAUCUUCUGCAGCCUUGCCUUGGUGGAGACUCUAAAACGUUAAUGUUUGUUAACAUCUCCCCGGAGACGUCAUCCGUUGGGGAGUCAAUCUGUUCCCUUCGUUUUGCUGCAAGGGUUAAUUCUUGCGAGAUUGGGAUUCCCCGUCGCCAGACCCAAAUGCGUUCAUCAGACUCACGCUUAAGCUAUGGUUGAGUUGCAUGGCACAUACUUGCAUCCUCCAGCACCAUAUGCUUGUCACUGCCGCUGUCGUGGCAUAUUUAAUGACUAUUAGGCUUCUAACAUUGUCUUCUGUAACCAGCACAAAGGAAAUGAAAUCAAUGUUGCGUUGUGAAUUGAAUUUGUAUAAGCCAAUAUGUUGAUUGUGGCAAUAUUUGUAUCGGCAAUUCCUUCACUCAUGGUCUGUUAUAAUAGAAUCAAUUGU